UUUCAAAAUAGAAUUGAAUUUCUAAUCUAGAUUGUGAAAAACUGGUUUAAAAUCAUAAAAAUGUGGAAAUAAUAAACAAAAUCUAGUUUUGGACUCAUUUUUGGAACUAAAGAAUCUUCAUUGUGACUCAAAAUUUGGGAAAAUUCAAAACAACAAUAAACAUUAAGGAUAAUAAAGUUAUGACUAUGUUGAAUAUGUCAAUAAUGUACUAAACUAUCAAUUAUGUCCAUCGUCAGUGAUUUAUAAGGAAUUUAAGACUGUCCUGUAAUUAAAACUCACAUUAAGUCAGUCACUCAGCCAAACUCAUAACUAUAUUAAUCAACUGCAUCACCAGAUAAGCUUGAACCAUGAUUAAUUGCAUCCUUUGCCUUGGUGGAACUCGUGAAAAUAAGCUAGUAAAGUUAUCAGAAUAUGUUAGUGCAACAUUGACCCUAGAAGAGGCAAUAAGGCAGCAAAUUCCAUAUUGUGAUACCUUCCUCUCAAAUCCAUCAUCAAAUCGCAUCACAUGCACAACAUGCUUCAGAACAUUCAAAAGUUUCUACGAACUUCUGGCGAAAAUCAACCAAAAUCAGACAUUCAGCCUACAAACUCCAAUCAAGUCAGAAGCAGAAGAUGAACAUGAAAAUCUCAGCUUCAAUGAUCCACAAAUUGAGUACAAGGAACUAGAGCAAAUUAAAAUUGAACCAGAGUUUUUUGGCGAGCCAGCCAGAGCCAAGACAAAGCAGGAUGACGACUUUGAGUGGGAAAUGGAUGAUUCUGAAUUUUGGCUGGAAGAUGAGCAGGAAAAACUCGACACAGACUAUGAUGAAGGAACCGAAAAAGCAAAAAAAACUAAAAAUUAUGUUCGGUACCUAAAAAGAUCUCAAGUGACACCAGAAAUGCUUAAAUUAGGCACAGAUUUCGUGACAAUUGAUGGUAUUGAGUAUAAAAUUCCAAAAAAAUCAAAUAAAAAAUUAAAAAACUCAUCCAAAACCGAGCAACAAGCUCCAAAAACUAAGAACACACCGGAAGGAGACGAGCGAGUCCGUCAGUUUAUGGAAAUCAAGUGUGAAUAUUGUGGUGCUGACUUUCCAACGUUCUUCAAGCUCGGUAAACAUUUCAGACGAUUCCAUGAAGGCUCAAAAGUGUUCUUAAGGUGCUGUGGACGUAAAUUUUACCGUAGACUGACACUUUUGGAUCAUUUAGAUUCCCACGAUGCCUCAGUCAUCCACGAAUGUUCUGAAUGUCACAAACGAUACAAAACUGACAAGAUCCUUAAAGUUCAUGUUGAUAAAAUCCACAAAAAUAUUUAUCAAGAAGUUAUAUGCAACAUUUGUGGACGGACUUUAAAGAGUCAAGGUGCACUAAAGAAGCACUUGUUGGUCCACGAGGAAGACAUAAGACAGUUUGAAUGCUACAUCUGUAAAAAAUCAAAGUACAAGAAUCUGAAACUCCUCCAAGUCCACUUCUCAGUCUAUCAUAAUCCAAAUAAGCCAUCGAGAAGUGUCUGCCACAUUUGUUCAGCUGUUGUCCGUGCUGGACAUUUAAAGAAUCACAUGACACAGCGACAUUCAGACGUAGAAAUUGAGAAAGUUCAAUGUGAGAUUUGUGAUCAUUGGAUUAUGAAGACACGAAUGCACAUCCAUAAAAGGAAGCAUGCGAUGGGUGGAGUAACUUGCAAGAUCUGUGGGAAGUACCUUAAAAGUUAUGGAUCGCUGUACUCACACAUGAAGAUUCUCCAUGAAAAUUGUAAAAACUUCAAAUGCAAUUAUUGUGACAAAGCAUUUUAUAAGGAAACGAAGCUUAAUGAACACGUGGCUGUGCGUCAUACUCGAGAGUUCUUAUUUAAAUGCCGUGUUCCUGGUUGUGGACGUGAAUUCAGAGCUGAAGGGAAUUGGAAAAUGCAUGAACGGAAGGCACAUCCAGAUGAGUAUGAGAAGACAUUGGCGCCAUAUUACAAAAGAGCACCUCAAGAGCAGGUUGAAGAGGAAAAUGAAGAAGGAACUGCACUUCCACCGUUUAGCUACUUUUAAGGUUGUAAUUAAAUUUUAAGGGAAAUAAAAUAUUUUUAUUUUUAUUAUUUGAUGAGAAAU